AGCCGCCGCCGUGCCCCGCUGCCUUGCUCGGCCACAGCCGACUGCCGCUGCCGCCAGAGGAAUCUCAGACGAUUCUCGCAAAGUGUCUGGAAGGCUGGCACGGCACGGACGUGGCAGUGAAGGUGUAGCGAGAGUAUGUGUUUCCUCGCGGCUGCCGCGCUCGUCGCAGCGUCAGCACUCACAGCCGCGGCCGACGUGCGCUCUGUGCUCGUUCGCAUCGGCGUGCGAGGUGCGGCCUUGAGACGGCUGGCCGAGCGCGCAGCCAAGGCACCAGGCGGCAUGUCGGCAUCGGCCGCGGCGCUUGAGCAGUCCAUCUCCGAGCUUGACGCGGCGGGCCUUGCUCCCGACCGCCUCGCAAAGCUGCUGGCGAGGCAGCCGCGUGCGCUACCGCCGCUGCUGUCGCAUUCGCCGGCCGCGCUGCUCGCCGCGCUGCGAGACACAAAGGGGCUCCCUCCCGCCGCGCAGCUGAUCGCGGCGGAGCCGCUGCUGCUGACGCUCGACGACGUGAAGCUGCGCGCUGCGCUCGACUACCUCGAGCCCUUUGUGUGCGCCGCCAAUCGGUCGGCGGCAGAGUUCGUGGCACGGCAGCCGCAGGCGCUGCUCUGGCGCGCCGAGGCCUCCUCCCCCGUGCUCGAGACGCUGCGCGAGAUGGGGCUCGACCAGCGCGCGGUCGACAGAGUCUCUCGCUGGUCGCCGGCGCGGCAGCUCGCCUCGGGCGACGGCGCGCGCCGUUCGCUCUCUUGGCUCGGCCGGACUCUCGGCCUCGACGCCGCGGCGCUGGGGCGACUGGUUGCGUCCUUCCCUCCCGUGGUUGGUCUCGAGCCCGCGCGCCUCGCCGCCUCGCACGCCUUCCUCGCUUCCGAGGCGGGGGAGGCGGCCGCCGUAGCGGCGCUCGUCCGCUACCCGCAGCUGCUCAGCGUCUCGGUCGAGGCGAACCUGAGGCCGACGGCGGACUACCUCCGUUCGCUCGGCGUCGACGUCGGGCGCGUUGUCCGCUCGCACGCCAUCACUCUCGACUUGUCGCUCGAGGCGAACCUCAAGCCGACGGUGUCCUUUCUGCAGCGGGAGGGCGUCGAGGAGCUUGGCCGCGUCCUCUCCUCGCAGCCGUCGCUGCUGUCCCUCUCGACGCAGUCCAGCCUGGCGCCAAAGUGCGACUUCCUGCGCUCGCUCGGCAUGGCGCCCCUCGGACCGCUCCUAACGCAGUACCCCGCGGCGGGCGUGCUGUCACCUCCCGACCCGACCCUCCGGCCACGCCACCUCGCCGCGUCGCUCGAGCGACGCAUCAAGCCGCGGCUGGCGCUGUGCGCGGCGCUCGGCGCGCGGUGACCACCGCCUCCGAUGUUCAUUUCUGCAAGCAGGUCGGCCUCCCGCCCGAUGAGUGGGCGGCGUGGCGAGGCAGCAAUCGCGUGCCCGCGCCCCUGUCCAUCCCAUGGCUGCCGCCCACGCUCGACCUCAACCAGCUCUUGUUCGAGAGCGGCGGCGCCGCCGCUUCGGGCGCCACGCCCGCCGCGGCUGGCGCCGCGCCCGCGGCUGGCGCCGCAGCCGCACCUCUCCGCGCCGCCGCCCCUGCGGUCGAAGGCGGCCGCCGGGCAGUGGCCACAGCGAGGUGGGCCAAGCCGCAGCGCUGCUCCGAGCCCCCCGCGCCGCCGCCCGCGCCGCCCGCGGCUCCUGCUGCGUCGCCGUUGACUCUGGUGCGGACGCCCGCGCCGGAGGAGAGGGUUGUGCUCGGUCUGAUGGCUGCGGGCGGACGACGGAGGCGCAGCACGGCCGAUAACGCCACCGCUGUCGGCGCAGAUGUGCAGACCAGCAGACGUCAGAGGCGGAGUGGGAGUGGGACUGAUCACGAGGGCCAUUCAGAUAACGGGUUCGUCUCGGGGCGAAUAGUGUUUCCAGAUGGGUGAGAGGCAGAGGAUGGGGACAGACGAAUAAAAUAAUAAAUAAA